GUUUGCAGUGGGUAUUGCUUAUAAGUCAGCACCAAAACAGGAGUGGAUUGGCAAAAACUCAGCGUCCUGGGUUGUGUCUCGCUGCAACAACUCGUGGGUGGUGCGUCACAACUGCAAGGAGAUGCCGAUCGAGCCUUCGCCCCACCUGCGGCGUCUCGGAAUACUGUUGGACUAUGACUCUGGAUCCCUGUCUUUCCACGAUGCCAUCAGCUCUCAGCACUUGUAUACGUUCGACAUCGCCUUUGCUCAGCCGGUUUGCCCCGUGUUCAACGUGUGGAACAGGUGUUUGACAAUCCUCACGGGUCUGCCCAUCCCAGAUCACUUAGAGGGGGCAGAUUUCAACAAGUGA